GGUCGCGGCCGAUCUUUGUUCAACAGUAGGCAAGGCAGAUGGGCAGAGUUGUUGCUCUUUGCCAGCCAUAGACAGCCAAGUCAGUCGCCCCAAAUUAUUUUACUGCGGUGUUUGCGUCUCUCGUUGACUCGACAAGGAUGUCGAAGCGAGUGCGAAGCAAAGAGGUCUGCGCUGACUGCAGUGCUCCGGAACCUCGCUGGGCUUCUGUCAACAGAGGUGUGUUGAUCUGUGAUGAGUGCUGCAGCAUCCAUCGAGGUCUGGGACGACACAGCUCUCAAGUCAGGCAUCUAACCCACUCAGCGUGGCCCCCCUCCCAGUUUCAGAUGGUGCAGACACUUUAUGGCAAUGGAGCCAAUUCCAUAUGGGAGCACAGCCUUUUGGACCCCUCCUCAUCCUCCUCCUCCUCAGUGAGUGGGAAACGCAAAGCCAACCCGCAGGACCGUGUUCAUCCCAAUAAGACAGAGUUCAUCAAGGCCAAAUACCAGAUGUUGGCGUUCGUCCAUCGCAUGCCUUGCCGGGAAGACGACAGCGUGACCGCCAAAGAUCUUAGCAAGCAACUGCAUUCCAGUGUUCGCACAGGGAACCUGGAGACCUGCCUGAGGCUUUUAUCUUUGGGAGCGCAGGCCAACUUCUUCCAUCCAGAGAAAGGAAACACCCCGUUGCACAUAGCAGCCAAAGCGGGACAACUGUUACAAGCCGAGCUGUUGGCUGUUUAUGGAGCUGAUCCAGGAGCUCUGGACUCCAGUGGGAAGACACCUAUUGAUUAUGCAAGGCAAGCUGGGCAUCAGGAACUGGCCGAGCGCCUAGUGGAGAUCCAAUAUGAACUUACUGACCGCCUAACAUUUUACCUUUGUGGACGAAGACCAGAUCACAGGUUUGGGCAGCACUUCAUCAUUCCUCAAAUGGCAGACAGCAGUCUAGACUUGUCCGAAUUUGCAAAAGCUGCAAAGAAGAAGCUCCAGUCUCUAAGUAAUCAUCAGUUUGAAGAACUUGCCAUGGAUGUUUAUGAUGAAGUCGACAGGCGGGAAACAGACGCAGUGUGUUUGGCCACGCAGAACCACAGCACACUUGUGACAGACAGCACAGUUGUGCCUUUCCUGCCGGUCAACCCUGAGUACUCCUCGACCAGAAACCAAGGUCGUCAGAAGUUGGCGAGGUUUAGCGCUCAUGAAUUUGCUACCUUGGUCAUUGAUAUUCUAACAGAUGCCAAACGUCGACAGUGGGGGAAUGCCUGCGAAAGUCCUAAAGAGAGUGUGGAGCUGAUCCUGCAGGGAACCAACAGUCGCCACAAUAGUGACAGCCAGGGCAACGACCAGCCCGACUACGACAGCGUGGCCUCGGAUGAAGAUCCAGCCCAAGAGGCCACCUGUGGGAACAACUGCACAGAUGGAAGAACCAAGAGCUCGGAGUCGUCUGACAUGUCCGAUGGCCCGAUCACGGUGCAAGAAUUCAUGGAAGUGAAGAGCGCCCUUACAGCGUCGGAAGCCAAAAUACAGCAGCUGCUGAAAGUCAACUGUCACCUGAGUGAGGAGCUGCGAGUGAUGCAGGGCAAGCUGACCUCCCUGCAAACUGAAAAUACAACCCUGCGAUGGCAGGCCCCCAGCGGACAACAGCACGCCCAGGGGCUUGUCUCUCGACGCCAGACCCGCGGAGGUCGGGCCAUGUCUAUGUAUGAGACCGGCUCCGCCCCCAGGCAGUAUCCCCACCGCGACGAAAACACCAGGCGUGAGGACGGAGUUGUCUUACAGCCCUUCCCGGCCAACAUUGGGAGGGGUCCUUUGGGAACGGCCGCUUCCUCCCUCCCAUCCUUCCCCUCUUCCCCGUCCUGGUCGUGGGAUGAGAGAUCUCGAAGGGGUUGCAGUUUGGAGGGACAGGGCACCAUGCUCAACUGCGACAUUGCACCCAACCACUCUGAAGCAAUGAAGACUGGGUCCCUUCUGGCUUCUGAGGCAGAGGAGGGUGAGCUGGAGGGUGAGGAAGAGCCCACCCUGCCGUGCACGGAGGAUGUCAUCUGCAAGACUGAGCAGAUCACCAAGAACAUUCAGGAGCUUCUGAGGGCCGCCCAGGAGACCAAACAUGAAAGCUUUCUGCCAUGUGCAGAGAAGAUCUGUGUGGCUGUGAAGGAGAUGGCUGCUCUGUUUCCCAAGAGACCGUCCUCUGAGACCGUGCGCGGCUCCCUCUUCCUGCUCACCUCCAGCGCCGGCCGGCUGCAUGGUGAGUGUCAUGGCCCGUGCCCCGCCGACGUCCAGCUGGUCACGCAGCAGGUCAUCCAGUGCGCCUACGACAUCGCCAAAGCUGCCAAGCAACUCGUCACCGUGACCACCAAAGAAAACAACAAUUAGCAGCUAGAAUUCCCCCUCUCCCCCAAAAAUAAUAUCACAUGAGGUAAACCUCUACUUCAAUCAUUACACGUCCUCGACACAUACAUUCCUUUUAGCUUGCAGCAUUUAACAAACGGACGCUUUAUUUAUUAUUAUUUACUUCAUGACUGAUGUCAUCUUACCUCACAAAGAGAUUUAAUCCACAUAUUUUUAAAGGUGCAAUGUAGUAUCUUGUGUAAAGCAAUUAAAAUAGCAAGUAGUUGAGCCAUUAACAAACAUUGUACCAUCCCCCUUUUAGUGCUAUUCAAUAGGUGCAACCACAGUAUUUCUUCAGUGUGUGUUUAGUAUGAAAGUCUAUUGUAGGAGCAGCGUCACUGCAUCAAUCACACACAACUGCAAAAAGGGUGCUACAUUGCGGUUUUGGGAGGUAUAACCCAGGUAGGGUAGGACCCUGUCUUACAAAACAGAUAGGCUAUGUUACCAUCGCAACAGUCAGAUAUCCCAGUGUUUUUUUUGUUUUGUUUAUUUUAAUGCAUACGUUGCUAGUGCUGUCCGUCUGCACUCUGUCCAAGAUGUGCUUCUGAGUAAUGUGUCAGUGAUAUUGGUACAGCCAUACUUGUGUGAAUAUGUGUGUAUUGCCUGUGUGUGAGUGUGUGCAGAUGUCCUCAGUGGCUCAUGUGAAAUCCAUUUAAACAUUAUGCAAGUGUGUAUGGAAAAAAAGUGUAUAUCAAUGUAAUUCUUUUAUCAAAAUAAUCCAAAUGCUAUUCUAUUUAUGUACAUGGUCUCAUACCUCCUGGAGGGAAGAAAACCUCAACCAGUGUUUGUUUUUGUAAGCUUUUGUUUGUGAUGCUCCUCGCCAAUUGAUGUGAGUGGCCACCUUUUUUUUUUUUAUCAUCAUCAAAGUUAAAACGUUCCCCUCAA